AUGGUCAAUAAAUCAAUGCUACCCUCACUACCACCAUCAUUAACAACUACCACCACUCCAACAUCAUCAUCCUCAUCCUCAUCCUCCAUAACAGCCUCAUUAGUGUCACAACAUUUUAGACCAUUCAAUAAUAUUAAUAAUCAAUAUGGAAAUGAAUGUUUAUUAUCACUUCCUACUUUACAAUUACCAUCAUCAUUUCAUUCACAACAACAACAACACCACUCAUCAUCAUUAUAUGAUAAUAGUAAUACAAUAAUAGAACAACAACAACAACAUUCAUAUCAACCUUAUGAUAGUUUUAAUUUUACUACUACCAAUAAUACCAAUAAUAAUAGUACUACAAAUGGUGAUACAUUUUCAUCAUCAAUUAAUGCUCAAAUAUUAUUUAAUAAUAAUAAUAAUUUGAAUAAUAAUUUGAAUAAUAAUAAUAGUAAUAAUAAUAUUAAAAUUGAGAAUGAUAUAAUUAGUAAUAAUAAUAAUGAAGAUAAUGUUGAUAAUAGUGCUAUUAAUAAUGAUAAUAAUGAAUUCCAUCCAAUAUCAUGUAAUAAUUGUAGACGUGUACACAAAUUUUGCGAUAGAAAAUUACCAUCAUGUGAAAGAUGUUCAACUAAAGGAAUGACAUGUGAAUAUAAAAUACCUAAGAGAAUGAGAUAUCAUAGAUCUGAUAAAUCUGAAAAGAAACAAAAAAUUGUAAAUAAUAUUUCUACUACUAUUAAUAAUAAUACUAUAAAUAAUAAUACUUCCAAUUAUAUUAAUAAUAAUAUAAAUAAAUCUAAAAUAUAUGAACAAGCCUUUAAUAAUAUAUUUUUAAAUGGUAUGAGAAUUGCAUUAUUAACAAAAGCAGGAUAUGGUGAUUAUGAAAUGGUUGAAGAUGCAGCUCUAAAUAUAACUUAUUUAACAGAACAUGAAUCUUUCCAAAUUUGUCCUGUUUUUGUUGUUUCAUAUAUAGCAUUAGCUAGUAGAGUACAUUAUCAUAUUGUUAAAAGAAUUGAACAAGGAUUAAGAAGUAAUCAUUUAAUUGGUUUAUUAAAUAAUAAUAAUAUUUUAUUAAAUUCAAAUAAUUUAAAUGUAUUAUAUCAUUUAUCUAAUAAUAAUAAUAAUACUAUAAAUGGAAGUGGAAAUGAAAAUUUAAUAAGAGGACCUGUUGAUUAUUAUGAAAUUAUAGAAAAAGAUUUAAAUGCAUUAAAUACAUUAAAAAAGAAAUAUAAAUUACCAGUUGAACAUUAUCAAUCUCUUAUUGAUGAUUUACAACAUUUAUUAAAUAGAUAUAAAAAUAAUUUAUUAAAUAAUAAUUUAUUAAAUAAUAAUAAUAAUUUAUUAUUAAAUAGUAAUUCAAGAAUGGAUACAUAUAUUAGUUGUGAUGAUAUUUUACAAAUGUUAUUAUACAGUACUCCAAAUACACCCAAUUCAAUAAAUUAA